CGCCGUGUCGGCAGAGCGUCUGUCCGGCCCGCCGUUCGCAAACAAGCGUGCUCGCGUUACUACAGUUGCUUUUGCGUUUGCACACGCGCCCUUUGCUGAUCACGCCACCGCAGUGACAGCAGUGACAGUUCGCAAACGGUGCACGCCAAGAGAACCUUGCAGCGGACGUUUAAUUGAAACGCAGAGGAUGGACAACCCUCGCGUUGUGGACCUGCGCUCAGAUACGCUGACCAAGCCGACCCCCGAGAUGCGACAGGCCAUGAGGGACGCCGAAGUCGGCGACGACGUCUUCAAAGAGGACCCCACCGUCAAUGAGCUCGAACGUGUGGUGGCCGAGUUGCUGGGAAAGGAGGCCGCCCUGUUCGUGCCCACGGGAACCAUGGGAAAUUUGGCCUCGGUGAUGGCCCACUGCGACAGGAGGGGAGAAGAGGUCUUGGUGGGCGACGCCUCCCACAUCUUCCUCUGCGAGCAGGGAGGGACGGCGCAGGUGGCCUCGGUGCACAGCUGGGCCGUCCCGACGCAGAGCGACGGGCGGCUGCUCAUCGAGGACCUCGAGUCACGCGUCAGGUACCGCAACAUACCCUGCCCCAAGACUGCACUGCUGUGCCUCGAGAACACGCACAACUUCUGCGGGGGCACCGUCCUCUCCGUCGACUACGUGGAACAGGCUGCCCGGUUCGCCAAGCGCCACAACAUACCGCUUCACAUGGACGGUGCGAGGAUCAUGAACGCGGCAGCGUACCUGGGCCUGCCGCCGAAGGAUCUCCUCAAGGAUUGCGACUCUGUCAUGAUGUGCAUUUCAAAGGGACUUUCGUGCCCCAUUGGGUCCCUGGUGGCCGGAUCAAACGACUUCAUCUACAAGGUGUCGAGAGCUCGCAAGUGCCUCGGCGGAGGCAUGCGCCAGGCGGGCAUCGUGGCAGCGGCGGGACUCGUCGCGCUCAAGACCAUGGUGCCCAGAGUGCACGAAGACCACGACAACGCGCAGCGACUCGCCAGAGGCGUCAGCCUCCGGGGUAACCCGUACAUCAGCCAAGACCUGGCGACGGUGCAGACCAACAUGGUCGUCUACGAGUUCCGAGACACGACCAGGCUGUCUCCCCUCACGUUCUGCGAGCGCCUCAACAAGGUGACGCAGAGGGAGUACGACGACCUCCAGCAGGCCGUCACGGUCAAGAUGAUUCCCAUCGGGCUGACCAAGGCGCGAGCCGUUCUUUACAACGGAGUCAACUCGGACGACGUCGACGCCGCGCUGGUCAAGAUACGUUACGUCAUCGAAGAACUCUGUCGCUCCGCCGAAGCCUAGGCGUUAACGACUACGACAAGCACGCGAGCGUCCCGUGACCUUUCGCGCGCAUGCGCACGGCUGACGGUGCACCGCAGUACCUAAUAAUGUUGAGCAGCACGAAACAACACGUCAUGGUUCGCGGCGCUAUGUCACGUACCAUAAAAGCAUUUAGCACAAUUCGUUGCCUUUUUAUAUCUAUCGCAGUAAACCGCUUGUAAAAGUCUUGCGAACAUUUAGUUUCAAUUGACUUCAAUGCUUUGUUAUUCUGCGAAAGGAAGAAGCAGUCACACGCACGCUCGCACGCAAAAAGCAUUUGGAGUUACCUUGGUGUCAAUCGCCCAAACAAUACCGGAUUCUACGGUUGUGACGAUUGUAGUGAAAAAGAGUGGCCUCAGUGGCAUUGCUCUGCGCCUCAGCGGCAUUGCCAUCGGCAUGAGCUCGUGGCUUCUGCGCUUGGCCGAACGCUGCUGACCGCUGCCCGUUCUGCCGCAUUCCCUGCUUAGACACUAGCAAUGUUCUUUACUUCGGCCUAGAGUAGGCUUAA